UCCAUCACCGGCGGCGUUGCUUAUAUUUUGAAAUUUUUUCGAAGAUUUCCUCGAGGUCUGCAAAUAAUUUGUAAUCAUUCCUGAAAAUGCUGUGGUUCACGUUACCGUUGCUUUUCGUAAGUGGCUCACUCGCUCGGCUGGUAGGUUGGGGCAACUGUCCUACGGUGAUCAAGAUGACGGAUUUUGCGCCGUCUUCGUUUAUAGGAUCUUGGUACGAGGCCUACAGAUCCUCAUCCAUCUUUGAAGCAGGUGGAUCAUGUGUCACUGCAAAAUAUACGCUGAACGAUAACGGCACAAUCACAGUCUUGAACACCGCAAAAUUAGCUGAACAAGGAAUAACCGUUGCAAUCGAAGGUAUAGCUACGGUCGUAGGUGACUCGGCAAAUGGCUUGCUGUCCGUCAAAUUUUCUUCGUCACCAACUGCCGCGCCAUACCAGGUCCUCGGUGUCAAAUACGGGCAUUGGGCCGUCGUGUGCUCCUGUACGAAGAUUGGCUUGAUCAACUUCCAAUUUACUUGGAUCUUGACACGAGAACGGAACCCUUCACAAUCAGUAUUGGACGAGGCAUUUGCGGUCUGUGAAGCCAACUCUUUGAGUACUACAGACUUGCUUCCAACGGACCAAUCGAACUGCGCGAUAGCGUGAUCAGGCUGAUUAUCGUGAAAAUACCCCGAUUGCAGUGGUAAUCCUUACAUUUGUACUGAUCACGAGGAUCGUGUUAACGAGACUGUGAGGAUAACUACUCAGUUAUCUUACUUGGUCUUACUUGCACUUUUUUGUUUUAAUGGCUUGUUUCAACUAUGCAAAUCUGAUAUCACUGACAGGGGAGCACUUUUAAUUGGCAAUGUGUGGCCACAAUAAAGACAUUC